AUGAAUAUCGGAGAUAUCUUUGCAUCGAAAUACCAAGUCGUUGGAAAACUUGGGUAUAGUGUCACGUCUACGGUCUGGUUAGCUCGCGAUCUCCAAGAUCUGAGAUAUCGUCUUCCAGAUGGAAUAUUCACUGAGGAACUGCUCAAAAACUCCCUGAAACAACUUUUCUUGGCAAUAGACUAUAUACACACCGAGUACAUCAAAGCCGACAAUAUUUUUUCUCAAAUAGAAGACGAAUCUAUUCUUGAUGCCUUCACCAAUGCCGAAAUGCGAAACCCUUCUCCGCGAAAAUCAAUCAAUGGAGUAACGGUAUAUACCUCACGACAACUAGAAAUUCCGAAAUUCUUUGGUGACUCCGUUUUGAGUGAUUUCGGUUCAGUGGUGCGGGGCGACGAGAAGAGAAAUCACAAUGCGGGACCUCAGAUUUAUAGGGUCGUAUUAUACUGUGUCUUUUCGGGUCUCUGCUUAUGA